AUGCUGAAGGAAGUUUCUAAUAAAAUUUUAAAGAAAUGUGGAGGCCUACCAUUGGCAAUUAUCAGCAUAUCUGGUUUGCUAUCAAACCGACCAGCCAUCAAGGAAGAGUGGGAGAAGGUUAAGAGGUCAAUUGGUUCAGCACUGGAGAAAACUAAGAGUCUAGAAGGCAUGAGUAGCAUACUAUCUCUUAGCUACAAUGAUCUUGCACCUCAUCUCAAGACUUGCUUGUUGUACCUAAGUUUGUUUCCCGAAGACCAUCUGAUUGACAGAGAUAGGCUAGUGAGGCGAUGGAUCGCAGAAGGCUUCAUCUCUGAAGAGCAUGGACAGAGCAAGCAAGAGGUCGCGGAGAAUUACUUCUAUGAGCUGAUCAACAAAAGCAUGGUCCAACCGGUGGACAUUGAGUAUGAUGGAAAGGUCCGGGCCUGCCGAGUCCAUGAUAUGAUGCUAGAAAUUAUUAUUUCAAAAUCAAAUGAAGAUAAUUUUACCACUGUGGUAGGUGGAGGUCAAACAAGUUUGCCCAAUCAUCAAGGUUCAAUUCGGCGGCUAUCAAUCCAGCACAUUGACAAGAAAGUUGCAUCUGAACUGGCAAAUGUAGAUCUCAGCCAUGUUCGAACUUUGAUAGUAAUGCCAUCAUGUUGCGUCACACACUUGCCCAGUCUGGAACGGUUUGAAGCUUUACGUGUUCUGGAUUUUGAAGGUUGUGAGGAUUUGAAGGACUAUGAUAUAAAGGGCAUGGGCAAAUUAUUCCAGCUAAAGUACCUCAGCUUUAAGGGCACAAAUAUAUCAAUGCUUCCUUCAGGGAUCUUGUUGCUAGAUAAUCUAGAGACCCUAGAUCUUCAGGAUUCAUAUGUGCGUGAGUUGCCUGCUGGAAUUACUCGGCUGACUACACUAUGUUACCUAAUUGGAUCUCUGGAGAAGCUACCAAACGGGAUUGGGGGCAUGAUGAACUUACAGCUGAUGCCAGGAUUUAGUAUUACCUCGCAAGAAAUAGAUGUGUUGGAGGAUCUUGGGAACCUGACAAGUUUGGAGGAACUCAAUGUGGAUCUUGAUUAUAAAGUAUCUUGCAAGGACAAAAGAUGUGAAAAAGAGGCGUUCCUCUCCUCACUGUGCAAGCUUGGCACCUGCAAACUCCGUUCUUUGCAUAUAGAAGCGCGCCGUGGCCGUGGUUCCCUCGACUUCUUAGAUUCUUGGUCCCCUCUGCCAUCUUCUCUUCAAAGGUUUUGGGCGCCCUACCCGAAUUCGUUCCCGAACGUGCCAAAGUGCAUUACACCUGCACUCAGCAAUCUUGCCGACCUGUGCAUCUGCAUGACUGAACUGACAAAAGAUGGGCUGCUUACUCUUGGGAAGCUUCCAUCCUUACUCUGCCUGAAACUAUGGGUAUCAAAGAAGUUUGUUGUUACAGUCCAAGCCACUUCUUUCCCAAAUCUGAAGGAGCUUUACUUCAGAAAAAUUGAACAAGCAUAUGUUUCGUUCGUGAAAGGGUCUGCGCCCAGGCUUGAAGAAAUUAGCAACAUGCCAUUCAGUGUGUCGGCUGCAAAAGCUAACAAAUUCUAUUUAGGCAUUCAUCAUCUCCCAUGUCUCAGACGAGCUUACAUACGGCUUGAUGGCGAAGACGCGACACCUUCAGAACGCAAGGCUGCAGCUGCUGCGAUCAGGAAAGAAGCAGAUGCCAAUCCCAACAAUCCUGCAGUUACUUUUGAGGAGGAACCAGAGGAAGAGGACAAUGAAGAGACCGGGGGUAGUGACGUGGAGAAGAGCAAGGAAGAUGGUAUCGCUGAUGAGGAUUAA